UGGAGCUUCAUACUAAAGUUUCUCGAGCGGAACUCUUCAGCGAUCGACAUGGUGGAGACUGGGGGAGGGAAUUCGCGUUCGUAGAAGUCGAGAUAGAAAUUUUACAGCAGGAGAGGGCUAAAUUGCAGCGGUUGGAGUGUGUUGACGGGGAGAACCGAGGAUGAUGGUGAGAGUCAACUGCGGCCUGUAGAUGCUUCGGAGGUAGACGCGAUUCUUAAUGACAGUUGCCACAACUGCAAUCGGGCCAGUUGGAAUUCUUGGCGACUGACUCACCGCCCGCCGGCAGAAUCCAGACCUUUACUUGCACAUCCCAAGAAUAACAAGUUCUGGGUAUUGUCCUAGGAAUCAAUCUCUCUUGGUUAUUACAUGGCUUAAGGCUCUGGAUUGAAACAGGAGCUUGAGUGUGCACGAUAUUCCCCAUAUUUGCAGAGCAAUUUGUCUCAAUUCCCGUCAACCCUACCAUGGACUCUGCCAGUGCCAAACAUGGCCGCAAUAUUUCCAGAUCUUCGCGGCCGCGUAGUUCGACAAAAGGACCGCUAGACCAGCCCGAGCACCCUCUAGGCCCAGAGAGCCCCGGAAAAACUUCUACAUCUUCGAUGCAAGGUGCAUCGGAUAAUAGGGUGUAUACUGGUGCCUCUUUUAAUGAACUAGAUCCAUUGGCGCCAGAGGAGUUAUCAUCAGCCGGAGAGAAAGAUCUCUCGUUCCUGCUACGGUACGACAACUAUCACUCGCUCUCGCAAAUCGAUAUUCCGCAUGCCUUACGGUCUGAAUUCAUCACACCAACGUCAGAUGAAACAUUAACCUCAUCUCUCGCAACUCUCGAGAGACUUUUAACUGAAGGCCAUUUCCUUCUGGCGGCUUACCUCUGCGGGACGAUUCUAACGUCUUCGUCAAUCUCACCCACGGAUAUAAAACUGAUAUUCGCACUGCUAUACACACGACUAGCCUGUCUAGAACUUUCCGGGAAUACGAUUAUUGCCGCCCAAGAAUCAAAGGCCCUCGAAGAUCUGAGUUCUACCUUUUACUAUAUAGAUCCCAAGCCAGAGGCCGCUGAUACCAGUGAUCAAAAGAAUUCAAGCUACUCUUGCCAUAUUGCGCCAUGGCCCUUACGUGUUCUAGCAAUCCGUCUCCAGAGUAUCGGAUUUGGUGAUUCGCGCAGAGGCAUCGGGGGUCUCUACGAGAUCGGGCUGGAAGCACGUCGGGAGAUUAUGCGCGCCGAUGUGACACCUGCGGAGCGAGAUAUCUGGAGGCAGAGGUUGUCCGAUCUUGGAAUAAGGAGUGCGAAUGCAUUAAUUGAGAUGGGAGACCUGAAUGCAGCUAAAAGAUCGCUAGAGAGUCUACGAAAAACCGAGCCAGUCAAUGAGACCAUCAAGCUAAGGAUGGUGCUCCUUCUCCUUCUAACUGGAGAUAUUGAUGCCGCGAAGCAAGUAUGUGGGGACUUGGAUGAAACUGGGGACACAAUAUUCAAACCGCUGCUCAGCAUGUCUGAAGGCCGGUACAGCGAUGCAGCUCAUGAAUGGCGGGCUCUUCUGGAAAACAAGAGAGCCGACGAGGGCAUGGUAUCCCAGAACCUAGCUGUUUGCUUGUUGUAUACUGGUCGACUAAAUGAGGCACGAGAGGUCUUGGAAUCGUUGGUGCAGGCAAACCAUUCUUUCUCCAGCCUGGUGUUCAAUUUGUCCACCGUCUACGAGCUUUGCUCUGAUAAGUCGGUUCAACUGAAAAACGGCCUCGUAGAAGCGGUUGCCAAACAGCCAAUCACCGGACAGAUCAACCUGGAUCGACCAAACGCGGAUUUCAAGUUGUGAUUAAUUAUGUGUAAUGCGAUAACGAUCU